GCCCCUGCCCUCUUUCUUUCUCUCAUCCAGCUUCAAGACUUCUUACAUCUUCUCUGCGCCGGCCACCGCUUUUAGGGCUUUCGCCGCCGGAGGAGAGGUGGAGUGCGGGAACUGGCUUUGAUCGGACUCGGUUCUUGUCUCUAUUUGGUGAGAGAUGGACCAGGAGAUGGGGGAAGCGUUCGGCGGGGAUUUCCUCAGCCUGGAGGAGAUCGAUCUUGACUACGAGUUCGAUGCUUCGCGGUAUUUUGACCUCAGCAGGGAGGAGUUGCCGUUGGAGGCGUGGGAGGCGGAGCUCUGGUUCGAGACGGCCGCGAGCUAUCCCCCUUCUCCACUUAUAGCAAAGAUGAAUAUAGGAGAAGAUUUAUAUGCAGACAAUGUAAAUACACUUCCAAAAGUAAAGGAUACAGAAAAUAUCAAUUAUACAAGCUCUCAUUCUGAUAUCAUUGCUGGCACAGAGUUCUCUACAGUAGACAAAGGUUAUAAAGGCUGGACGUUUAAAAGUAUCAUGUCUCAAGAUGUUCAGAAAAAAGAAAAAAGAAUCAACAAGGGCUGUGCAAGAGGCUCCACUUUGAUGAAACCUACUGCAAGUCAGCUGGCCAAGCAAAACAGUCCACGAGAAGUUAAAUGUGCCAACAGAUUUGUCCAUAGGGUUCCAAAGUCAGUAUCACAAAGAAAUGAGCGAAAUGUUGAGGAUGAACUUGAACAUUUGGUUCAAGCUACCAAAAGACAAAAACUAGAGGGGGGUCUUUCAUGGAAGGUAAUUGGUGUAAAUCAACAAACUGACUUCAUGCAUAAGGUUCCAGAAAAGAAGAUUGGGCCUGAUUGCAACUUUCAGUUUCCAAGAUUGAGACUCACCAUUCCAAGAGAACCUGAUCUAGAAACAGCACAAAGGGCACAAAGACUAAGGGCUCAAAGAUUAAGGUCCCAUGAUGGCAAUCAAUCUCAGGCUGGGGUAAUGCCAACAACAUCAUCAUUCAAAGCAAGACCACUGAAUAGAAAAAUUUUUGAAGCUCCUUCCUUGCCCCUUCGUCAGAAGAGCACACCACAGUUGCCCAAGUUUCAAGCGUUCAACUUAAAGACUGAAGAGAGGGCUGCUCAGCAUGCAUCAACUGCAUCAAUGUUGUUGACAGCUAAGAAUGAGAUUCCUAUUUCUGCUGUACAAGAUCAUGCUACAGCAUCAAAAACAUUAGAGAAGCAGCUUGUUGAUCCUUCACGAUUGCAAAAGGAUGACCGGAAGCAAGAUGAGCACAGAAAUAUAUUUCCCAAGUUCAAAGCCGUUACGCUUGAUAAGAAGAUCUUAUCAAGCAAAGGAGAUAUUGGUAUCUUUCGAAGUAGCAAGCGGGAAAUAACAAUACCCAUGGAAUUUAACUUCUCAACAAGCAAAAGGUGUCAGCAGGAUCCACCAACAGAACUUUUUAACAAGCUUUCUCUAAAUUCUGAUGCCCGGCUGACUUCUGCAUCUCACACAAAGUUGGGAUCGUCUUCUGAGGGAGUCACUAAGGGUUCGAAAGAGAACGUGAUUGUUUCUGAACGACUAGGGCAUAAGGAGGAGUUGCAAAAGCCGGGGAUAAAGCAGAUUGGUAUUGCAAGUGGACUGUUCUCAAAUAAUGGAUUGCAAUCAACUAAAUUUAGCAGGAGCCUGGGCAUCCGAUGAUCCUUAAGUGGCAUAUUAUUUUGUUGCUAUCUUAGCUUUGGUUUUGCAUGAAAAAGAAGUGUUCCAUCGUGGGAGAUUCUUCUUUCAUCCGACUGCAAGGAAUUGAGAUCUAGGCAGCAAAUUUUUGGCAUUGCUGAACCUUCGAUCUCAAGUUACACCAUCUCAUCAGUUUUUGUAAAUGGGGGAUUCCCUUUGGUGAUCAGGCUUGUUAGCGAUCUGGCUAAUGGAAUGGUAGAGAAAUCUGAAGCAUGACUAAUUGAUGUGAUGCUGAUUUUAGUUGUGAGAGUUGUACAGGUGUUACCGAUCCGAUCUUUGCUUUGGAAUAUUUAGAUUACACGAGAGAGCUUCUCAGGUACUUGCACACACAGUUGCUUAUCCACAAUGGUAAUGUAUGUUUUCUUUUCUUUACAGUUGCCAUCUAUUACGGUGGCAGAGAUGAAAUUGUUUGUUUGUUCAUUGUAUAAGCCAAAUAAAGCAGAAUUUCUUUCGUGA